UCAUUGAUGAGAAUGUAAAAUGUAAUGCGAGAGAGACCUGAAUUGUGAGACGUGGUGAAAUUGAAAUUGUGCCAAGCACCAAAAAUCCGGAGAUUUCUCCAACUCAACAUCAACAAUCUGUUUUUGUUGCAUGCGAGGCAGAUUGUGUAUAAAUUAGGAUAUUAGAAAAUUGUUAUUUUUCGGUAGUUAAUAUUAUUUGGGACUCAAACGUAAUUAAAAUUCUUGAAAAUGGCCGGAGUACUGGAUUCGGCGCAAGUAAUGUCGCCGGUCGACAGGCCAAAGGCUUUUCCGCCGACAAAUGGAGCCUGUGGAGGAAGUGGGAAGAACCUUCUUGUCAGCCCGACUGAAAAAGAGUUUGACGAAUUAGGAGCCUCUUUAAAACACAGGAUUGAGGAAGGGAACGGCGAAACGAUUUUUAAUAUUCAAGACAAUGAUAGUAAUGGUUUAUCAAAAGAGGACUUUGAUGCUUCUGUUGCAACUUUAAAAUCUAUUUCCGAAACGUUAGAUGCGACUUGCAUUUUAUUGCGAGAACGAACAGUUGGCACGUUAUUUACGGCACAGUACUUGAUUCGACGAAGAGCUCCAGAAAAAGAUUUUACCGAAAUACGUGUCGCAGUAGUUGGAAAUGUGGAUGCUGGGAAAAGCACGCUGUUGGGAGUUUUAACUCAUGGUGAACUUGACAAUGGGCGAGGGCUAGCUCGUCAGAAAUUAUUCAGACACAAACAUGAAAUGGAGUCUGGAAGGACAUCAUCUGUUGGAAAUGACAUACUAGGUUUUGAUCACCAAGGAAAUGUUGUUAAUAAGGCCGAACAUGGAACGUUAGACUGGAUGCAUAUUUGUGAAAAAUCAUCAAAAGUCAUCACGUUUAUUGACUUGGCUGGACAUGAAAAAUAUUUGAAAACUACUGUAUUCGGAAUGACUGGUCAUGCUCCUCAUUUCGGAAUGUUGAUGAUUGGAUCCAAUGCCGGAAUAGUUGGCAUGACCAAGGAGCAUUUAGGUUUAGCCCUUGCCCUCAGCGUCCCCGUUUUUGUUGUGGUUACAAAAAUUGACAUGUGUCCGGCCAAUGUUCUUCAAGAGACUUUACAAUUGCUGAUAAAAAUCCUGAAAAGUCCUGGGUGCCGAAAAGUACCUGUGAUUGUCAAAUCCCCUGAUGAUGUUGUGUUAUCGGCAACAUCGUUUGUGUCUGAGAGGCUAUGCCCUGUAUUUCAAGUCUCAAAUGUUAGUGGAGAGAACUUGCCAUUGCUAAAAAUGUUUCUUAAUCUGCUAAGCACUAGGAGUUCUGGUCAGGAUAAAGACCCCGCAGAAUUCCAGGUGGAUGACACUUACUCUGUUCCUGGCGUCGGCACUGUCGUCAGUGGUACUACAUUACGGGGCACAAUCAAUCUGAAUGACAUGAUGAUGCUAGGGCCUGAUUCGUUAGGUCAUUUCCAACCAAUCGCUAUAAAAUCUAUACAUCGGAAACGAAUGCCUGUAGCCCAAGUUCGAGGUGGGCAAACGGCAUCUUUUUCAUUGAAAAAGAUCAAACGAUCACAGAUUCGCAAAGGUAUGGUGUUAGUUUCACCAUCUCUCAAUCCUGUCGCUUGCUGGGAAUUUGAAGGUGAAAUUCUUGUGCUACAUCAUCCAACUACAAUAAGCGCCCGAUAUCAAGCAAUGGUACAUUGUGGAAGCAUUAGACAGACGGCAUCAAUUGUGUCAAUGUCAACUGAUUGUUUACGAACCGGUGAUCGGGCUUCCGUUCACUUUCGUUUCAUGAAGCAGCCAGAAUAUAUUAAAGUUAACCAGCGUUUGGUAUUUCGAGAAGGAAGGACAAAAGCAGUAGGUAACAUCACCAAGUUGAUCCCAAUGGUCUCAUCUACUGUGACACAUGGUCCCAAACCAAAAUCCAUUAAAAAUCAACCAAAACAUCAACAGCAUCAACAACAUCACCAUCAUAAUCCACCACAACCUCAAGAUACAACUGCGACCACUGCUGCUCCUAGCACAAGCACCGAAGGGACAUUAAAAAACGAAAAUGUUGCCCCGAGUAUAGCACCACCAAAAUCGAUUGAAGUUCAAAAUUCUGUCGGAAAUAAUGAUCAAAUGGCAACUGACGACAUGACUGAAUCCAAUCUUACAGAUUUUACAUCUGAACAAGAUCAAGAUAAGAGAUGGAACAAGCGUGGAAGUCAUGGAAGUCGUCAUCAUGACCAUCAUGGGGCUGGAAGAUCGUCAAGUGGAAGCAUUGUACCUUUGAGCGAAACCAAUACCAAUUAAUCCAGCGCAAAAUCAUCUACCCAGAACAACUUCGGAUUAUUAUAUACAUUUAUGCAAUGCAACAGCUACGAGCAUUUUUUAAACUUAUACUCACCGAGCAUGUUUCUAUUAGCCAAUCCCGUUUUCUUACUGUAUGUUGAGUGAUCAUUUUGUGCUCAACGUUUAGGUGCUGUUUAUAUCGAAAAGAUUAUUCAUCAAUUACCGGUUUCACACAAUAGUUGUUCUCCAAGAAUUUGAUAGUUUCAUAUGUUAAAUAGUCUGUAUCCCAUGAUUUUAGUAAACUUAUGACAUAAUUUGAUUGACACAACAAUAUUAUACUAUGUUCAACUUCACUCUUGUAUCUGCAUAGAUAUAUUUAUAAUUUGGAACAUUUUUGACGACCAUGUUUUAUAAGGGAUGAAAACGAAAUGAAUUACAUAUUUGUCUAUCUAAUAAACUUGGUCCACUAAUCCUAAAUAAUAA